GUAACGCAAACAAAGUAUACACGGUACAUAUUCUAUUCCUCCUAACAAUAUUUAAAUCUGUGGUUGUCGGUAACGUCGAACACAGAGUGCCGGAAUGGAAUGUACAGAAAUGCGUUACACGAGAUUGGUUUGUCAUUCGCUCGCCUGUGAUUUAAUCUUACAUUUAACCGGAAUACAAAUUAAAUAUAGAUUUUACCCCGUAGGGAAGCAUCCUAACAAGCAUGAUGGCUAAAGAAAGCGUAGCAUUAAGAAAAGAAGAGAUUGUGUCUUUAUGGAAGAGAAACACACCUAUAACGGAUAUUAUACAAAUAACGAAAUACUCGCGUACAACCGUAUGGAGAUGUAUACAGCGGUAUCAAACCUUAGGUGAGAAAGGAAUUCUGGAUAUGAAUGCAGACCCCGUGCAACCACCGCCGAAGAGGAUCGUACUAUAGUCAAGGAAAUAGAAAGCAAUCGUUUUCAGAAUGCGUGCAAUGUACUCGCAAAUUUGGAAUUGUCAGUAUGCGACCGUACAAUGCGGAAUCGUUUAAGAGAAGCUGGCUUUCACUGUCGUCAGCUUGGAAGUAAGGUAUUGUUGCGACAACGUCGUCACGAGGCGCGUGUUGGCUUCACAUUGGAGCAGCUACCUACGACACAGUCUGAAUGGGAUUGUACUAUUUUCACGGACGAAAAAGUAUUUGCUUCGUCGACGGACUGCUCGUUCCAUGUCUGGAAACCUGAAUAGAAUGAAGAAUGUGUAACCCCGCACAGUGACAAUGGUAGUGUCACGUGUGCUUUAUGGGGCUGGAUAUCUGCACACGGGCCUGGUGAACUAGUGGAAGUAUCACCUUGUAUGGGUUCUUCCGAAUACAUUGAUCUUUUAGAUAAUGUUCUUGUGCCCAGUGUUAGAAAGAUGUAUUCCAAGGAGGAUUUGCCAGUGAUAAGACUAGUUUAAGACAAUAAUGCUGUGCACACUUCUGCUCCGGUAUGCCAAUGGUUUGCAAAACAUCCUGAGAUACAUGUUUUGCAAUGGCAAUGGUUUGCAAAACAUCCUGAGAUACAUGUUUUGCAAUAGGAAAUGUAUGGGCACGGAUUGUUAUCAACUUGCCAUCUAAAAAUUCUAUAAAGUCGCGGAAUGCGCUUGUAGAUCAUGUAAUGCGCGAAUGGGAUGAUUUAAGGGCAGAUCCGGAAUACUUUCAGGAUUUAAGUAAAUCUAUUAAGAAACGUUUAGAUCAACUGAUUGGUAGAAACGAUGGUUCAUGGAUGAAAUAUCAAUGCCAUUAGACACAUUUCUGUAACAGAUGAAAAUUGUCUUAACGCGAUCUCAAUAAGAGAAUGUUUAUAGUUCUUCAUAUAGAUUUGGCCGAAACAAAAAAGAAAUAUGCAGGGUAUCAGAAGAAUAUUAGUUUUCUGUGUGUUAACAACAAUAUUACCAAUUAUACUUCUUGUAAUACCUUUGUAUCUGCGACACAAUUUCUAUGCUAAUGUUGCAUAUACUGUAACCGAAUCUGGUAUCCUGGAAAUCACAGACGGAGUUUCUACAAUAUUUUGUUCGGAACAUACUAUACAAAUGAAUAGGAGCUUUAAUGCAUUUCAAGUGUCACAAAAACCAGAAAUAACUUCGUAUAGAAAACACAUACGUCUGAAGAAAAGCAUGACCAUACCGGAUGACACUUUAGAAUACUGGGGAUUUUAUCUUUUGCAAGGAGCAAGUGUAGCACUUUCCGUUUGUUCAAGAUUCGAAGGAGCUUCGAUAUUACUUGUCAAAGGAGAGCGUAAUUUACGAACAUGUGGUAUGCUGGAACACAAUUACGAAGAGCAAAUUGUAGAAGAUAUAUUUUUACCGAAAGCAGAGCAACAAGUUAAAGUGAUAUUCACAUCAAACACUAGAGAACCUACGUUUCAGAAAACUAUCCCCAAAGUUAAUGGUUUAUUAAGAAAUAUGGAAAACGUAUUUCCACGGGAUAAUCAGUCAGACGUUAAUAACGAAGAUCUCAAUAAUUCUCACAAACAUAUGAGAAACAGUACAUUGUCUAACAAAGAGAUUCGUCAAAGAAUGUUGCAGGAUUUCCUUGAAAGUACAAAAACGCGUGGUCAGCCUACAGGAUUAUCUCAAGAAGAUGCAGUGUACAGUACAAAAAAGUUGAGACAUUCCAAAAAGAAACAGUAUCCAAAAACAGUGGGAGAAAAGAAAGAAAAUCACGCGAAACUCCCUUUACAGGAGCAUAUUGUAAAUAAUAUUAGAAACGAAACAGAGACGGAGAAUACAAAGUUGAAUAAAAAAGUCAAAAGGAGUCAGGAUCUUAUUAAACCACCGUUUCUACUCGAUGAAGGUGUUAAACACGGUGGGAAUGCUGUUACGAACGUAACAAAUGCCAACGAUGUCUCUUCCGUGUCCAGCUUUGAGAAUGGCCUAUUCAAAUGUUACGGUGGCUCGAUUUUAAUAGCGCAAGAAUUUGCACCUUCUAAACAGUGCACCAAUGUCUCUUACCUGCUUAACGGGAAACAUAUGCAAACAAUCCAGAAUAUCGUAGAGACCGGUUAUUAUUAUUAUAUAUUUUACAGUGACAAUGAUAUUGUAUCGAACGACAUACACGCGGUGUUCGACAUUUAUAAACCUCUUCUUCAAUACGAAAAUGUAACGAAGUCUUGUAUGAAUCAAACCAAAUGUUCCUUUACAGUGAAUUUUCUAUCCUCGGACCGGGUGAUCGUUGAAAUACCAACCAAGGAUGAUAUAGAAUAUGUAAUAGAUAAUGAUGGUUUACUUCUCUCGGUUUGUCAUCCACGGAUGGAAGUAUAUGUCAUUUUUCCUAUUGCAGUAUUAUUUUUUAUUCUUACCUGCGCUUUCAUGUAGUUCUUUUCAUGAGCGCAACGUACCAUCGAUAGUCAUUUGUUACCGAGUAGCAAAUCACAUUAAUUUUACAUACGAAUUAUAUAUUUUAAGUCGGUUAACCCUGAAAUAUAAAUUAUGUAGGAGAUUGUACAUAUUCGUGGAAAUAACGAGGGUACAAGGGUCUUAUUUUAGGAAUGUACUUAUGUACGACAAAAUACUCGUACCUACGUUUUACAUUCGCCGGAGCCAGUUUUGCGAUUAUUGUUACAUUCAUAACAUUUAUUGUCGAAUGUACUGAUAAAUUUAAUAUACCAAAUAAUACGCAUAUAUUUUUGCUAAUAUUAGUUUUACUUGAUAAUAAAUCAUA